AUGCCCUCCUCCGACUACGCCGCCGCUACCUCCGGCGCACUCAAACUCAAAGGCGGCUCCGGCAUUGACAAGAAGCGCAAGAAGAAGAAGAAGCCCAAGCCCGCCUCGCCGGCUCCCGUAAACCCAGCUACCGAGCACCAGGAGGACGACCCCGCAACCGACCCAGACAAGCUGCAGCAGAGGCAGGAUCAAGGCAGUAACAGCGACCUGCAAGCCAUCCUCGCGUCCGAAGACGCCUCGGACGCCACGGCGCUGGCGCAGGGCGUAGGCCGGCGCGAGAAAACCGAGGCGGAGCGCCGGCAUGACGAGAGGCGGCGCCGGCGGCUGGACGAGCGCCUGAAGCGGGAGGGGGUCAAGACGCAUAAGGAGCGGGUGGAGGAGCUGAACCGGUAUCUGAGCGGGUUGAGCGAGCAUCAUGAUAUGCCGAGGAUCGGACCCGGGUAA